AUGAUAUUGCAGUGCUUGAUAGAAGCCCAAGCCAUUCUAAAACCGCUUCUUGAUGAAUACAUGAAGAAUCUUGACGAAGUUCAUUUAGAAAAGGUGGCCGAGCACUAUGACCCAGACGCAACCCUGGUUCAGGUUGGAAAAAAAGCACAUUAUGGAAGAGAAGCUAUCAGGAACGAAUUUGCUGAAUUCGAUAAGAAGAUGGGAAAAUCAACUAACAAGUUCACAAAUGAGCACUUUCAAAUGGUUGGCAAUUACAUCAUCUACAACGCCGACUACGAAAUCCACACCGAAAAAAUGGGUGUCAUUAAAGGGAAAUUUUCGCAAGUUUGGCGGAAAUCCAAUGACAAAUAUAUGAUCUGGCAUGAUGAGUUCACAAUGGACUAG